AUGGCGUCACGGCCUUCGUUGCUGGACUUGCGAUCGGACUCCUCACACUCAAACCUCUCUACAGUUUCCAAGCCCUUGCGCUCACCUCGCCUUCAUGUCGCAGGUGAAGUCCCCCCCGAAUUGUCCCCUUUGGACGCCUUUGCCAUGCAGAGUCGACUGCUCGCAAGACAAUUACAAGAAAGCGCCAAGGAGGGCAACCGUAUGAGCCGUCUACCUCCCCUGACCACCGAAAGCCCUUUAAUUGUCCAGGGACGUUCAGAAUACUUUCGCUCCUUAUCACAGGAUUCUGGCUCCGAAGCUGGCGACCAUCCUCCUCUACCGCAUCCUUCUGGGCUUGGACAGAGGACAGAGGUGGAAGAUGCUUUCUCCGACGAUGCUGAGCGCCCCGUAUCAAUGCACCCACGAAUGAGUCGGAUACCGCCCACUCCCGAUGUAGAAGUCCCUGCGAUUCCCCCUCGAGCUCCGUCUAGAGGACGAGUUCUUGAUCAUAUCGACGAGGCAAGCUCACUUUACGGCGCCAGAACCGAACGAUCACCAUCUGUUCUUAGUGACACUCCGUCACAGUCCUCCAGGCGACUCGAAUCAUCUCCGUCUCGGAAAGAAGACAAUGCUUCGUUGCUCUCCGCACGACGACCGAGCGGCUCAGUUAGCGGCUCGAUCGCAGGUUCACCAGAGAAGCCCAAAAUGCAACUUUUCGAUGAGCUUGGACUUGCGCCGCCUCAAAACAUGUUUCCCCAAAGAAGACGCGGAGUUAGCAAUGUUUCAUCUCCAGCGAUACCUUACGAGGAGGAUCAUAACAUGACAGGUUCUUUUCACUCAUUGCCUCCGCGGAAAAUGUCGUCUGCAAGCGCAAUGGCAUCACCAGCAGUGGGCUCUUAUCGACGAUCACCAUCCAUUGGUUCUGAAUCGUCUGCCCUUCCUCGACCAUCCUUCAACUUCUCAAGACCCAUGAGCAGAUCUGGCACGCCUGGUAUGGAGCCACCCCUGAGACAAGCUUCUUCUGAUAGCCAACCUUCGUUCAUAUUGGCUGAUGAAUCGGUUCAUACACCAGUGAGCAUGCAUAGUGAGGCCUUCCUUGACCAACACGCCGAAGACCGAGACAAGGGCGCAACGUCCUAUAUCUACUCCAAGUUCACACUCCCACGAGGCAAAGCUAUCCAGCGAGGAGAAUCCGACGAGGAUGCUGCGCAGGCACCCUUCGAUUGGCAACAGGAUAUGGUCCCGCCAAACAGCGCUCAUCGAUUCGAAAACGCUCCCCCUCCUUCGCCUCCAACCCGACCUUCGAGUUCUUCAGCCGAUAUCGCAUCGGGCAAUUCCUUAACAACAGGCAGUCCAAUGCCAAAGGACUUAACAGAGUUGAGAAAGGUCCAGUCAGAGACAACACCACCUCCCAUGCCAGACCUAUCUCCAACACCAGGUAGAUCAACUGAGGAAUCGCGAGCUUCGGAGGAUGUACCGCGGGGCCGUGGCAGGGACCGCACUCCUCUCUCAAUAGCUACUAGUGAUACAGCGAGCACGAUCCGACCGCCACCCACAGCUCGCUCGACAGCACCUACUGCCUCAGAGAUGUCAGCAGAAGAGCACCUGGCAAAGGGUAUUGCAUGCCACGAGAGCGGAGAUCUAAAGGAAUCGACAUACCACCUUCGUUAUGCGGCUCGCCUCAACGACCCAACCGCCAUGCUUCUGUACGCACUGGCUUGUCGGCAUGGAUGGGGCAUGCGCGCAAACCAGAAGGAAGGUGUGGAAUGGCUACGAAAGGCAGCUGAAUACGCUAGUGUCGAGAUCGCUGAUGACGAGAGCCAUGCAAAGGAGGGUAAACAUGUCGAUGUGAUAGAAAGAAGGACCAGAAAAGCUCAAUUCGCGCUGAGUAUUUAUGAAUUGGGUGUAAGCCACAUGAAUGGCUGGGGAAUUGAGCAGGAUAAGUCACUGGCUCUGCGGUGCUUCGAGAUUGCCGGUAACUGGGGCGAUGUCGAUGCGCUGGCUGAAGCUGGCUUCUGUUACGCUCAGGGUAUUGGCUGCAAGAAGAAUCUCAGAAAGAGUGCCAAGUUUUACCGCAUGGCUGAAGCUAAGGGUAUGAGUAUGGUUGGGAACAGUUGGAUCCACAAGGCCAAAUACGACGACGACAACGAGUCGACUACGUCCAAGAAAGACAAAAAGAAGGCCAGGAGCAAGUCCCGCACCAGAGCUAUGUUUGGACGGAAGUGA